UCGUUCGUCGGUCAAACGGUCUCUGUUAAGUAUCCUUUGAAUGCUUUGCGAGAAGUGCCAAUUGAGAACUCGAACGGGGAAAAUUCUCUCCUCUACAGUAUCUCUACACAGUGUAGUGUGUUCGUCUCCACCUUAGAAGCUUGAUCUUGAGGAGCUCGACCAGGUCGUCUUUUGAGUGAAUCACCGUACCCAUAGGCGUAGAUUGACGAACUGUGCAAAUGCUAAAUUCGCUCAAACUGGACGCUUUGCCCAGAAGGAAGAUUCCUUGCGUACCUCAGCUGAACUCAGUUUCAGUUCUAGUGCGUGCGCGAUACCAUCCGGACGUACUUCGAAGCCUUCAUUGCGAUCGGUAGUGUUUCUUAGAACAAAGCCUCAGAACCCGUAGUGUUGAUCGUCGUCAAGCUGCAAGAACGAGAUUGAGUGCGCUAACGAGGGAAGAUCGCGACUGGCGUCAACUAGCUCUUUAAAUUGAAUGAAAUUCAAACUGUUUUCCGAGUGCUCACUGACUGACUGACGGUGUCCAUUAAGUUGAUUUUAAUUCAAUUUGGUGUUGUUCGUUGAGGCGAUCGUCAGAACUAAACGCCCGCCAGAAUCGAUCGGCGCUGGGAUUGAAUGGCAUAUUCCUCUCAAUGGGACUCUAAUCUGGUCUUGAUCAACCGCUGAUUAGAUUCUGCGCAUGGACAUCCUAUAAAAUUUAUACAGAAGAUGAUUACGAUGAUGCACAGCUGAGUUGUUACGCUGGCGAGACGUAAUUCCUGGGAAUUGCAUUUUAAUUCUCAGUUUGCAUACGCCUCGACUUGAGUGCGGAAGGUGUUGUGUUUUCGCCCAAGACGCCGAAGGAGCAGAAACAGCUUGAUGAAAUAAUGCAAACUAUCUAUUAGCGGGUACUUGAGGGCUGCAGCAGCCAGCUUUAUUCUGGGAUACAGUGAAGUUAGACAGUAGUUCCGUGUCAAUGUUCUGAUAGAGUGCAUAUUGUUGCGCGAAAAAAAUAUCACAAAUACACGAAGUGCAGUGUUAAAUACAGAUUGAAAAAGUGCCUCGAGAUCUCAUACAAAUCGUGCAGGUUCUAUGCAGCAGUAACUAAGGUUGUGAAUUGAUCAGUUAAUUCCUGUGAAUUUUGCUUCGAGUCAUGGAUAUCACGUUCGACAACAUCAACUACACCGUUUCGGUGGGCAAGAAAGAUAAGAAAACUGUGCUGAAUGGCGUUUCAGGGAAGUUCAAUUCAGGCGAACUGACGGCAAUCAUGGGUCCCUCGGGAGCUGGCAAAUCCUCGCUGCUGAACAUACUCACCGGAUUCACGACAAGUGGCGUCAAAGGUUCACUCAACAUCGGUCGCACCGUCGGAGGCAAUAAAUUGUGCAGCUAUAUCCUGCAGGAAGAUAAUCUGCAUCCGUAUUUCACCGUCCAGGAGAUAAUGAUGAUGGCAUGCGAUUUGAAAAUAUCGUCACGAUGCUUGCAGAACGGCGAGAAACAACGAUUGAUUGACAACAUACUGGACACUCUCCAUCUGAAGUUCACCAAGCUGACGCGCUGCGGAAAUCUCUCCGGUGGACAGAAGAAGCGUCUAUCAAUCGCGUUGGAGCUUAUCGAUAAUCCGCCGGUGCUCUUCCUGGACGAACCAACGACUGGUCUGGAUAGUUCCUCGUCACUCUACACAAUCAAGCUGCUGCAGGGAUUGGCCCGGGAGGGUCGAACAAUAGUUUGCACCAUCCAUCAGCCGUCGGCCACCGUAUUCGAGAUGUUCGAUCAUGUAUACGUGCUUGCCGAAGGACACUGCGUCUAUCAGGGCUCGGCGCUUAACACCGUGCCCUAUUUGCGCUCCGUCGGUCUUCAGUGCCCGCAAUAUCACAACGCCGCUGAUUAUCUGCUGGAGGUGGCGAACAAAGAGUACGGCAAUUUCAUUAACGUCCUCUCGAAAGCGGCCAUCGAUUGCCACUGGCGGAAACCGGAGUCCUGCAUCGGAACGGCCACACUGCCCCAUUAUCUGGCGUAUGACAGAAAUCACAACGGUGCCGCUGUCUAUCACGGAACGACGACGACGCAGACGACGAUGAAGGCCGAUGAGCUGUUCAACGCCAAACAGCAGUCCACGCCGCUCCGGAGGCCGUCCGAAUUCACCAAACUGUUGAUCCUGAUGAGGAGAUGCAACAUUCAGCUGUACCGAGACUGGACUGUAACCCACCUUAAACUGUUCGUCCACGUGGUUUGCGCUAUAGUGGUAGGACUUCUCUUUGGCGAUUCUGGCAUGAAUGGAACGAAAAGUGUUUCCAACAUUGCGUCGUUUUUGGUGCAUAUACUUUAUCUGUGGUACACAACACUGAUGCCGGGGGUACUGAAAUUUCCGUCCGAAAUGAAGAUACUGAGGAAAGAGUCGUUCAACAAUUGGUACAAAAUUCGAACAUAUUUUUUCGCAACGAUGCUCACUUCAUUACCAGUACAGAUUUUCUUUUCGAUAGUCUACAGCACGAUAGUGUUCACUUUAACUUCGCAGCCAUUGGAAUACGAUCGGUUCAUGAUGUUCCUGGCGGUCCUGGUGCUGACGACCAUUGUUGCCGACGGUUACGGUUUAUUUCUAGGAACGUUCCUGAAUCAAAUUAACGGAACCUUCAUCGGAGCCAUCACCACGUGCUACAUGGUGGUGUUUUGCGGUUUUCUCAUUAUGUUCAGUCACAUGUCCGAGCUGAUGAAGGCGUUUAGCUAUCUGUCAACGUUGCGGUACGGCCUGGAAGCGCUGGUGCUCGCCAUGUACGACAACGGUCGGACCAAUAUGGUUUGCCCGGAAGAGGAACUAUAUUGUCACUAUGUGAAAGCGUCCACCAUUUUGAAGGAUCUCGGUAUGACGCCCCAGAACUACAUAUUCAACGUGGUUAUGCUGGCGGUGCAGUUUGUAGCUAUCAAAGUUGUAGGUUUUUGGUCUCUUAAACGAAAGCUACGUUGCAACUGACAGCGCUGAGGAGAGUUAAAGCUAAGUUCUUGCCAAACACAACUAGUAUAAGGUGACAUUUUUUGUACAGAUUUUUUAGUGUAAUUGUAAGACUAUAGGUAUUGGCCGUUGAAAAGCUGGGAAAGAGGCAGUAGUACACAAGUAGUGAUGUAUUUCAGUGAGCAGUUGCUGGUGAGCUUUUUAUCGAGGGACUUUCCACAAAGAAUUUAAUUUUAGUCAAAACAUGAAACAGUACAAGGAAAAGCGUUGUGACAAAUGGAAAACAAGUGCACUUACUUAUUUUUUUAGUAAAUUAUGAAUAGCUUUAAGCUGAGAAUGUGAUAAUGGCAGUUGAAUGUACUUUACAAGCCUUAAAUAUACAAAAUUAUUUUUGCACAAA